ACGGCAACAAGAAACAUGACAUAGACUCGCUUUGUCACACGUGCCAAGGGUUUGCAGAACAAGUGUAGCAGCGAACACAGACUCGUCGCUCUUCCGAUUCAGUCUUAUUCGAUUCGUCCCCGAUUCGAUUUAUUCAUCCCCUUUUCUGGGAUGGAGAAUCUGCCUGUUGAAGUCAUUGGGAAUAUCCUCUCGUUGCUUGGUGCUGCUCGAGAUGUUGUCAUUGCAUCGGCAACUUGUCGUAAAUGGCGACAGGCUUGGCGUGACCAUCUCCACACGCUUAUGUUUAAUUCGAAUGAUUGGCCAGUGUAUCAUGAGAUUACUACAAGUAGACUUGAGAUUCUUAUUACUCAGACUAUUUUUCAAACCAGUGGACUGCAGAGCCUUUUGAUUGUAAUGGAUGAUAUUGACGAGUUCUCUGCUGCUCCUGUUAUUGCUUGGCUUAUGUAUACUAGGGAGACCUUGCGCCAGUUGUAUUACAAUGUGAGGACGACUCCGAGCAUUAAUAUACUUGAGAAAUGUGGUCGCCAGAAGCUGGAGAUGUUGUCUUUGGCGCAUAAUACCAUCACAGGUGUUGAACCCAGUUACCAGAGAUUUCCCUGCCUGAGAUGUCUUUCUUUGAGUUAUGUUAGUGUGUCGGCAUUGGAUUUGAGUCUUCUGCUCACAGCCUGCCCCAAGAUUGAAUCCUUGACCCUUGUUAGUUUAGAUAUUGCCAUGUCUGAUGCACAAACGACAAUGGAGUUGAGUAGUCCCACGUUGAAAGAAGCUUGUGUGGAAGCAAUCAGUUUGGACAAGUUUAUAUUGGAGGCUGAUUGCCUUGAGAAGUUGCACUUAAAAGAUUGCACGCUUGAGGAUUUUGAUCUUGUGGGCAAAGGGACAUUGAGGCUUCUUAAGAUUGAUGAUGUAAGUGUAAUCCAUCUUGAUAUUGGUGAGAAUACUGAAAAUCUAGAGGUCGUGGAUGUUAGCAACUUUACAAUCAUGUGGGCAAAGUUUCAUAGUAUGAUAUCAAGAUCAUCAAAACUAAGAAGACUUCGUCUUUGGGGUGUUGUCUUUGAUGACGAGGACGAAAUUGUGGAUAUGGAAACAAUUUCAGCUUGCUUUCCUUUGUUAAGCCACUUAUCCUUGAGUUAUGAUUUGAGAGAGGGGUCACUGCAGUAUGGAUUACAGGGUUCCUUUCAACUGGAGAAUGUCGUUGUAUUGGAGCUUGGAUGGACUGUAAUUAAUGAUCUGUUCUCACAGUGGGUUGCCGGCCUUUUAGAAAGAUGUCCAAAUCUCAGAAAGUUAGUGAUUUACGGUCUGGUGUCAGAAGCAAAAACCCACGAAGAAUGCACAAUGUUGGCCAACUUCACCUCAUCCAUCGUUAGGCUUAUGAGAAAAUAUUUGCAUAUAGAUGUCCAGUUUGAAUAUGAAUAGAAUUUAUCACUUGAUGGGGUUCAAUUCAAUGUUUUAUUAUUUGUUCCAGAAGAGGGUAUUGUAACCUGAAGGAUUCCUGAUUUUUCAUCCUGUAUCUGGCACUACCCUUAAAAUACUCGCUUCAAUUUAUGGUAUCUGUUGGUUUCAGCAAUCUAUUUCUCCUUUGUUAA